AUGGUCGAGUACAUAGAGGGAUGUCACCGAGGCGGGUUUCUGACCGGGUCACUCGCAGAUGUCGCGGCCAACGUGAAAGACCGCCAGAAAGAGGAAGGCUACCAGAACCCAACUUACACUUGGCCUGCGUCGCCCGAAGGUGCUUAUUGUGCUUGUGAGCGCCUCGGAUGCGAGUCCUGCGAAAACACGCAGAAAUGGCUUGCCAAAUAUGCGCUGGAAGUUGACGACUUAUUACUUCGCUCAAAUGUUCAUACCUGCAUCGACAAGUACUGUAAGUACAACAAGACCGGUCGCUGCAGAGCGAGAAUGCCGCGAGAAGUAAGACGAGAGACGAAAGUCGACCCAAAGACAGGCGCCCUCCGGUUCAAGCACGAAGAGCCGAACAUGAAUGACAUAUGCGCGCUGAUAACCUUUCUCUUCCGAUGCAACCACGACUGCACUUGUCUGCUGUCUGGAAGCGCUGUCAACCACAUUGUAUAUUAUAUUACCGAGUACAUUACGAAGAUGGGUCCGCCCACCCACACGGUCUUCGACGCCAUAAAGUCAGUCUUCGACCGUGGACAAGACAUCUUAAGUUGCGCGCCGCCUAAUGACAAGGGUGGUUAA